CCUCCAUUUUCACUGCUGACGAUAUCUCCGGUUUUGGGUUAUGGAGGAUUGGAUGCUGACGCAGACGGAGAGGUACGCGGCGGCGGCUCUGUUUGCGCUCGCCCUCCACCAGUCUAAGCCUUCGGAUGCUUUAGCAUCCAUCGACAAAGAGCCAGUCGGUGAAGGCGUGAGCAUCGGCAGUGGAGGCUCGGUUUCGGAUGAACCGCAGCUGUGGAUCCACGAGAAAUCGGGUCUCCUUUGGCCUGUUCUCAGGUUUUUAGAGGUGGAUGAGAAGACAUGGCAAGGGAUAAAGGAAACUGCCGGUUCUUCCUCGCAAGUCCGGCAUCAUGUUGGCUCGUUCUUGAAAUUGCUUUUAGAGGACAGAGAUGGAACUAAUCCCGAAAGCAGGGAUAAGGAGCUCGGUUUAGAGAAAACGGUUGACGCCAUGGUGCUUAACAUAGAAAGCAGCGCGAUCUACCCGGAAGAUCAGAGAAGUCAUGAAUACGAGAAAGAGUGCCGAGAGAAAUAUGCCACUGUUAUGACAGAUGUAGGAUCUCGUGAAGUAGCGGAAAACGAUGGCACUGCUGAGAGCCCACAUGCCGAGAAAUCAUCUGACCACAAUGCGAAUAAUGAGUCAGGAAGCAGAGUUCCUGAGGAACCUGUGGAAGAGGGAGCAAAACUGAGCCGGCACAGAAAGUUGAAAAUUUGUUAUGAGCUUCUUUCGGCUUGUAUAGGCAACAACUAUGCCGAAAAUGAUGAGAAGUCUCCUGCAAGAAAGGGCUAUGAUGCCCGGCAUCGCGCAGCUUUACGGCUCCUGGCAACCUGGCUAGUUGUCCAAUGGAUUGAAAUGGAAGCAUUGGAGAUGAUGGUGGCAUGCUCUAUAAUGACAUCAAUUGAAGGCGAAAAUGCGAAGGAAGAAGAAAGAGAAGCAUCGGGAGGCAUGUCGGAUAGAUGGAAGCGUGGGACUAUGAUAGGUGCAGCUGCUCUGACGGGAGGAACAUUGAUGGCCAUCACUGGUGGUCUAGCUGCUCCAGCUAUUGGUCAGGGAUUAGGGGCCCUGGCUCCUACAAUGGGCAGUCUUAUCCCUGCAGUCGGAGCUGGAGGAUUCACCGCAGCAGCAACUGCCACAGGAUCUGCUGCAGGUUCUGUUGCUGUUGCUGCGUCAUUUGGAGCCGCUGGAGCUGGCCUCUCGGGAUGUAAAAUGGCUAAACGAAUUGGAGAACUUGAGGAAUUCGAAUUCAACGAGAUAGGGAAGAACAAUAACCAAGGCUGGCUUGCAGUCGAGAUUUUAAUCUCUGGACUGGCUUUUGAAGUCGAAGAUUUUGUAAGGCCCUGGGAAGGUCAUGACCAAAACCUGGAGAGGUAUGCAUUGCAAUGGGAGUCGAAAAAUUUGAUUGCGCUCAGUACAGCAGUACAGGACUGGCUUACUUCGAGAAUUGCUCUUCAGCUGAUGAAGCAAGGUGGAAUGAUGACUGUCUUGAGUUCACUUAUGACAGCUUUGGCUGCACCCGCCACGUUAGUUAUGGCAUCAGAUCUUAUAGACAGUAAAUGGGCAGUAGGAAUCGACAGAUCAGAUAAAGCUGGGAUACUUCUCGCGGAAGUGUUAUUGAAAGGGCUUCAAGGGAACAGACCAGUUACGCUCAUCGGUUUCUCUCUGGGGGCUCGUGUAAUCUUUAAAUGUCUGUCAUAUCUGGCUGAAGCUGGUGAAGACAACGCUUGUCUCGUUGAAAGAGUUGUCCUUCUCGGAGCACCGAUUCCUAUCAAAGAUGAAAGCUGGGAGAUUGCCAGAAAGAUGGUUGCCGGUAGAUUCGUCAAUGCGUAUUCAAGAAACGAUUGGACCCUUGGCAUUGUAUGUCGUGCGAGUAUGCUUUCUCAGGGAUUAGCUGGGAUUCAACAAGUCGACUUUCCCGGUAUAGAGAAUGUCGAUGUUACGAGAUACAUUAAAGGCCACUCAUCGUAUCUUUGGAUGACGAAACAAAUACUGAACCAGCUGGAGCUCGACAAUCCUCAUCCUGUUUUUAGAACUGCAAACACCGAAAUACAUCAACCUAAGAACUCUCCUCCAUGAUAGUUAACAAGAUCGGUGGAAUUGAAAGGAAUUUGGCGUUUGAUCUAUUAAUUUCAUUUUUAUGUUAGGAGACGUGAAUCCUUUUCAAUAGCUUCCAAGCAGAAAUCUUCCUUCGUGUAUGAAUUUGCAAGUUGUUCGGUUGAGGUGAACCUAAUAGACUCUUCAAUGCAUCCAUCAAUAUGCUGAUGUUA